AUGAAACUAUUUUCCAUAGGUUGGUAUCCAUGGGGUAGCUGUAGCGAAAAAUGUGCAAUUGGCACAUACGACCGACAUCGUGCUGUCGUGACCCCUCCUACCCAUGAUGGAAGAAGCUGUCCUAACUUGAAGGAGACUGGUAAUUGUGGCGAAGUUAACGGAGGGUGUGAUGAUUUCUGCGCUAAGAGAGACGGGUCGUGUGCUUGCACUGCACAAGGAUACGAACUCCAAAGUAAUGAUAUCAAUAUACUUUGCUGUGAUCAGAAUCUUUAAUUGUGGGGUUGUCAGUUACCUAAACAUAUGCUAGUAUUAAAGAAAGUUGCACGUGUUCUAGAGUCGAGGAUGCAAGUACCUCGGUGCUCAAUUCCCGCAAUCACUCUUCAACACUACUUCAAAUUUGCUUCGAAAAAACAGGCGCUUGCUGGCUGGGUUGUCCACUUGGGUGAUUAUUGUUUUACCCCAUUCACAUGAUAUUUCGUUUAUAUAGCUACACGUUUCCUCCUGUAUUGACCAGGACCAGUGAACUCUAAGUAAAGUGGAACGAUAACUCCAGUGAUCAAGUUCUAUAUGACUGGUUGAAGCUACAUUAAUUUUGAAGAAAAGCGCGGAAAAAUUAACUUUCAGAAACGCUAGAGAGAAUUUCGAGCAGCGGGUAUUCAGUAAAAGUUUGUUUUUGAGCGAAAAUUAGCAAGAAAAGUAAUGAUUGAUUCAAACAUGGUUUUCUGAAUAGCUCUAAGUAUUCUACAUCAACUAACAGCAACAACGUUCUGGGUAACAGUCAGCCCUAUUCAGAAUAUUACACAAGUUUGAACGUGCCGAAAAAACUUCGCACUUAGAUAAGAACUUUAAAACUGCUCUACAUUCUAGAUUCUAGAAACAUGUUUGGUUUUACAUUAUUGUUGAAAGUUUUUAGUUCUUUUCUUUUUGAAAUACAGCUAUUUUGUGGUCGAAAACCAUAGAUAUCUGAUAUACUCUACUGUUGAUGACGCAUCUAAUUAUUCUGCAAUUCAAAAAUUGAAGACAUGAUUGCAGACUCAGGAUAUUCCCAUGAAAUGAGAAGAUUCGUAUGUUUCCUAUUUCUUAAACAGGGAACUUAAACAUUAGGUUAAACAUAUUCCAAAUGCAUUUUUAAACUAUUCAAAUGAUGAAAGUUAAUGUUGUUUUUAAGCGUUUAUUAGCGAGUGGGAACUACCAACAUGGCCGCCUUCUAUUCAAAUGGGGGUAACCGCUGGAAUAUUCUUGGCUUCAAUUUUACUAAAAGAGAUACGCUAUCUAGUGUAUAUAAGAUAUCUAUGUCGAAAACAUGCAGAUGUCCGUUUUAGGCAGCGUAUUUCCACUCCUUAUAUCUACAUGGCGGUCAUCAUGACUGCAUGACUUCAAAGAUGGCGGCCAAGUUAUCGUUCCAGUUCCCUUACAGUUCAUUGCGGUGAUCGCUAGAUAGUAUACUUCAAAACAAGGUUUCCGUUUUUAUAACGUAGAAAAAACUAUCCUAACGCAAAACUAAACCCUAACCCUAAUACUAACCCUCACCCUAACCCUUAACCUAAACCAUAACCUAACCCUAGCUUAUUUUAAAAAUUGAUAUAAAAAUGGAAACCUUAUUUUGAAGUAUACUAUCUAGCAAUUGCCAGUUCAUUGCACAGGGUCAGUAUAAGAGAUUCAAUCUCGUACCCAGUGUCAGGGGGAGUGAUUACCAAAUAUUAAUAUGAUUUCUAAAAUAUGGCGGUGAGUUAUGUUUUCUGUACUACUUGUGAUGAUUUCCAUCAAGUAAAAGGUAUCGAGUAUGAAUUUGAAUGUUUAAAGUAUUUAAUUGAAACAAUUUACCAGAUUCCCAUGAGUUUAAAUUUAUUUAACACUGUUGCGAAUAUCACCAUUCGGUUGCCUUUAAAUUGAAACAGAAUUACAAUUUAUUAUUUAUUGAAAAUAAUUCAAGAGUUUUGAUUGGCUAUAAGACCCAUAUUGCACGCUAUGACGUUAAUUUAUGCGACUUAUGCUAAAAGUGGAAAAAUACGAAUGGCUUCCUCGAAGGAAAGGUUCGCCGAUCUUUUUUGUGCAAUCCGACAAAUAAAUAAUAAAAGAAUUACUGAAUCGCGGUUCUCGCAGGAUAUAAGGAAUUACUAAGGCAUGGGUUUGUGUUAUCUGACUCAGCGUUAGGCUUCGGUAGAUAACACAAACCUAGGCCUUAAUAAUUCUUCCUGGCCUACUCGAUCUCAUUAAAAAAUUGUUUAAUAUUUCGAAGGCUAUUCAUACAUUAAUUUUUCUAGUUAGCCGAAUUUUUAGUUUAAAUAUUGAGAAAACAUGGCCAGACUAUGGCCUAUAUUAUUCUAUAUUAACAUUUAUACAAUAGCCUGAAAUUUUGUAAAUGAGUCACUAAUAACACUAUAGCAAAGAAUGACUAGAGUGGCCAAGUUGACAAAGCUGAAAUCUGAUGAUUGAUGAACAUCAACGUCUUAAACUGAAAGGAUAUUUAGUCAACCACCAGUCUCAGCAUUUAUUCAGUAGAAUUUGAUAAUAUAUGCCCCUGAAAUUGCAAAAUAACAUUUAAAUAAAGGAGUUAAUAAGUAUUUUUAAUAUCCAUUACAACUGCAUGCAGUUAAUCAGAUCAUUGACAUUCAUGCCAAUAUUUAUCAUUAGAGACGGCUCAGGGAUUUUUUAGGGAAAAGGUUUAGCACCCUUUCGAAAAAGCCAUGGAGUCACAUGACCAACGUUUACAAGGUUCCCGCUCGCUUUGAAGGUCAUGUUAAAAAUUCGGGAGGACAGGCCCUGGGUACGAGGUUCUAAGAGAUUGUCCUUAUAUAUUGGCUCUCCUUAAUGGCUGUCCUAACCAACUACUGCAAAUAUAGUUAGUUUAGUAGCAGGUAUUUUAUAUUAUUCCUUUUACUUUAUUUCUGCCCAGACGACAAGAUAUCGUGUGCGGACAAGAACGAGUGUUUAGAUGGUUCAGAAAUAUGUAUCAACGCAAACUGCAAGAACACAGACGGUAGUUAUGAGUGCAAAUGUCUCUAUGGCUAUCAACCUUCAUCCAACCGUCGUCGAUGUGAAAUGAAAUCAUGUACACCGCUGACCGCUCCACAAUGUCCUGCUGAUGCAUAUCGUGAUGAAUUCGGAACAACCUGCUUGCCUAUAAAAAUCACCUGCCAUGACGGGUAUAAAUAUCAACAAUCUUGUACUCUGAGGUGUGUGGACAACUAUAAACUUGCAGUGAUCGCUCAACCAAAUUUCAGACAAAGAUUUGCUGAGAAUUUUACCACAGUUGAUUUUGGUAGCCCUAGUGAUAGAACUUUGUGUACAGUAGACUCAAAUUCAAGGGCUGUUAUAUGGGAUUGGAAUCCAGUAACUACCCCUUACUAUUGCAGAAGAGUUAACGACCCACCUUUGGGUGUUACCAUAUCGAAAACUGUCAUUAAUGAAAAAGAAUCAUUCUUAACACCAGUUGGUAAAUUAUCUGCGACAGAUCCUCAAAAGGAUCAUCUAAUUUUCAGUAUUUUAAACCCAACAGGGAACUAUUAUUUUCUUAUUCAAGGCAAUAUGUUGUUAGUAAAGAAUCGGUUAGUAUGGACUCAUAAUUUGGGUGACAACACUCAUUCGGUUGUUGUAAAUGUUUCCGAUAACGGGUCGCCAAUGAUGCAUUCUAAAGCUACUCAUUAUAUCACGGUCUUAAACGUCAACGAUCCACCCUAUGGAUUAGAACUUUCAAAUAACGAACUUGUUGGAAAUAUUCCCAUGCACCACACUGUCGGAAAUCUAACAGCAAUAGACGAUGAUGUAGGUCCACGAAGGACUUCCAAUUUCUCCUGGGAGAUAGUCAACACUGAUAACGGACUUUUCUCACUUCGUGGAAACGAAGUACUUACUGCAAAGAGCUUAGAUCAAGAGUCCAAGAAUAUUCAUAGAAUUCAAGUGAGAUGUACUGAUUAUGGAAUUCCUAGAAAGUCUUCCCAGGUUGUUAAUAUGUUUAUAAACGUGCGUAAUUGCAACGAUUGUCAAAAGUAUAUCUACCUAACCAAUCAUAGCGUGUCUGAGAAUUCUCAGGUGGGAACGCCUGUUGGUGACAUAAUGGCGACAGUUGAUGAUAAUGAUACGUUGUCUUUUGAUUUGCAAGGAACUGAUGGGAGAGAUCUCAGAAAAUUUGCAUUGCAAGGUGAGUAGCAAGGUAGAUCCUUCAACGUUUUAAAUGGUAAUAAGAGUGGCAAUCUCUUAAUUCUGAAUAAUUUAUGGUGCAAAAGUAGUAAGUGCAUGUGUCUUUCACGUGGAGUUCAAUUCCUGCAACAUGCAAACAUGCAGUUGUCUGAUUAUAAUUUCACCUCAGUUACGUGUACGUCAGAAGUAUUAUUCUAAUUUAAAUGUACCAACCACCUUAAGUGUUUCUCCUAGAUACGCUAAGUUUGUUUCUGUAGUAACUCUAUAUGAACCCGUACUGAAUCUCUUGGGCGAACAGUUCGCCCAUUGGUGAUUAAUUCCAACUAUGGACGAAAUUUUGAUCAGGACAAGAAGAACGAAAUCUAUUGCAAUAGCUGGAAAGGGCAUUUAAAAUGAGUAAAAUUGCAAAGUUUGGUUGCGAAUUGUUGUAAAAUGAGGAAAAUAUAGCCCCCUGUUAAAUUCGCAAUUUUUCAAUAUAUAUUUGCAUUACGCGCGGGAAAAAUAGCCAUUUUUGAGCCGAAAGUGGUUAUUUUAUGCAAGGCUAUAUUUUGCUCAUUUUACAACAUUUAGCAAAGAAUCCUUGCAGUUUUACUCAUUCUAAGAGGCUCUUUCUAGCUGCGGUGUUGGAUUUCGUUCUUGUUGCCUUGAUCAAAAUAUAAGAUAUAGCUGGAAUCACCCAUUUUUGAUAGAGCUAUCCAGUAUCAAUACAGUUUAGUUUAAUAUUAGUUUAAAUUAACAAUUCAUAAGCUGGGUAACUUACCAAAGAAUAACCAUUAACCCAUCCACUAAGGUACCAGCUUAAUGGGUAAAGCACACUAGCUUAAUAGGUUAAGCACACAAUUCUUCUAAAGAAAAUCCUGCUCAUCCUAAUUAAUGUGCUUACCCGCCUUAUCGUUUCCGCGUUUUUAAAAAAGAGAUAUAAAUAAAUUGUGUUUAUUAGGUUCUGCAACUUGUGCUCUCCGUCUUCAAGAUGGAAAAUCCACCCAAACAUGUUCCGUGCCUCUGGUAGUGAAUGGAUCUCUUGAUUAUGAAAUGGAAAAUGAAUUCUUUAUUUGGGUAGCUGUAAUAGAUGAGGGGGGAACAACAGGAAAAAGAUUUAGAAUUGAAGUCGAGAAUGUCAACGAAAGACCCACUGAUAUUUUGAUAUCUGAUGACAGAGUGCCUGAGAACUCACCUGGUGGUACUGUGGUUAGUGAAUUUUUGGUAUGUAUCAUUUGAUAUUGUUUUCUUUUCAAUACAUUUUUUAUGCCAAAUAUUAUGUACUGGUUAUUUAAAUUUUGCAAUGUUAUGAUGGAUGAGCUUUUAUAUUUACAAAGGGUCGCACAUGACAAUAUAUUAAAUUCUCGAUACCUCUUGAAAGAAUUGUCAAUCGAUUACUUGCAACUUUAGUAGGUAUAUAGAUACUGUUAACUUAAUUCAACGUUAAAUUUGAUGGGAAUUUUUUACAGUCAAAACUAUUGCAUGAAGCAAACGAACAAAUUUGAAUAUUUUGUUCUAGGUACAAGAUCCAGACAACAAGAUUGAACUGACUCAAAGUCACACAUGUUCCCUGGUCAACUCUAGCAAUGGCGCUGAAGAUGUCUUCUAUAUCGCCCAAAUAGAUCUCUUCGCACAAAGAAAUCUUCUUCGAGUCAAAACAAACCGAAUUCUUGAUUUUGAAACAAAGAAAAUGUAUAAUAUCACUGUUUUCUGUAAAGAUGAAAAUCUUGGGAUUUCCAAACAGUUCCAGAUUGAAAUCACAGGUCAGUGUAACUGUAGCAGUUUGACGCUAGCCGAUUGAGACGGAUUUGACUUCCACUACCACUACCUCUCACUAGCGUAGUAAGCUUCUGAUUGGUUAAUCGGAUAUAUAAAACGCAUCUGAUUGAUUAGUGGUCCCUUAAUGGUAGCGGUAGUGGAUUUCAAAUCUGAAUCUCGCUAACGACUGUCCCUUACCGCUAUGGAAUUGGGUAAGUUAAGUUCUGUACAACAUCGAAUCACUUUAAAUCGGUAAAUAGCAGGAUUUUGUUGGCAUCUCACUCAAUUGAAGGGUUUUGGGUUAGUUGUUGAAGGGUUUUGUAGAUGGAAAUUAUCGUGUGUAAAUGCAUAUACAUUUAUUAGAGCUAACCAGGAACAGCGGCAAUAAAUGCAAUUAUAAAUCCCUGGAAGUAAUAAAACCUGCGGCCCUGUUAUUCUGGUAACCUCCAUUUAAGAACAAGGUUUAGCCAACAUUGACUUAUCACAACCUAUAUAAUCUAACAAUGUCUAACCCAACGUUGGUGGCAACGAUCUAACUAACCACAAGAACGAAAUUAACCUCCAUCUAACAAACAUAUUCAAACUUUUUUCUUCAGACGUAAAUGAGGCGCCCACGUCUCUUGUCUUAUCAAGUACAAGUGUUGAAGAAAGUCAAUCAAACAUGAUCAACAUCGCCACGUUAUCUGCACAAGACCCUGAUGGAAUGAACCAAGCAUUUACCUACACUGUCAGAGACUCACAAUCUUUCCGUAUUGGUGGAACCAACCAAGAUCAACUCCUUUUUCUUGGACCACUUCAUUUUGAACAUACCCCAAGUAUUAGUGUUCAUAUUCGAGUCACUGAUAAGGGUGGACUAUACUUGGAAAAGAUAUUUACAAUUAUGGUUCAAGGUUUGUUCAAAAUUAAAGCUCGGAUCAAACCAGGAUGAGAAUGCAAGAGAGUUGGCAUUCAUCGAACCUUUUAUCUUGUUAAUCUAGAGCUUGAAAUUUUGCUCAUAACAAUGCGUGACUGUCUACUUUCAUUAACUCUCAUCCUCUUUUGAACAUGGUUUUAGAUACAAUCUGGACUUUCUUUGCCAGUAUAGGUAGUACCAAUAAAAUGAAGAAGCCGGUUUUCGUUGGUGGAGACGCAACUACCUGAAAAUAUGUACGGAGAAUAUCGGAGACAUUUUCCUUAUAUAUUUUCAGGUAGUUGUAUCCCUACCAACGAAAACUUAUUCAUGAUUAAGUAUAUCAACUAAACUAACUUCGCCAGCUCUGUUCAUAUUGAGUUCUGAUCUGUCGUUCUAAAUGUGCAAUAUUGGUCCAGUGAAUUCGCUUUAUUUAUUCUGUGGAGAAAGCGUAACUUUUAUAUUGGUCCAGUGUUCGAGGAAACCGGUGUACCCAUAGAAAACGUUGGAAGAGUGCUUCUAGUUUGACUCUUUGUUUCAGAGAAUUUCAGAAUCAAACUAGAAGCACUCUUCCUGCAUGUGAGUGAUGUAUAAUCAGGUACCUGAAUUUCGCAGCAAUUAAAUUGUGAGAAACACAGGAGAGAUAUUACACUACUAAAUUAUUGCUUCUACACUGAUAAGUCCCCAUCGUAUUUUAGAUGUGAAUGACCCACCAACAGACAUCAGACUUCACCCGGCAGAUGCAAAACUUUCUGAGAAUAGUGUUCAAAACGUCUUCAUCACUCAGCUUGAAAUGAUUGACCUGGAUAGCAAUACAAAAGCUUCAUGUAGACUGCAACACAAUAGUAAUGAUCGUGUUAAUUUGAUUUCAAUGAUUCUCGUCGUUGGACCAACGAUUACAGAUUAUGAAAGUCUCGGUUCAUCCAAGUCAUUGAAGAUUUUAGUGAGAUGUGAGGAUCAACAUGGGGCUUCUGUUACUCGUUGGAUAAAUCUGCCUGUUGAAGGUAAUUCUGGAGUACUAAAGUGUGGGAUAAAAUUUACUGAUGUUUUAUUAUAAUUAUUAUAUUGGGCUACAAAUACAAGACAACUGCAUAAAAUGAAAGGGCCUCCUUUAACAUAUAGACUGGGGAGGACAUGUUUCCCCCAGCCCUGUUAGUGGCCCCUCCAGUCGGAAAUGUUGUGCCCCCCCCCCCCCAGUGCAAGGUCCCUAAGAACCACCUACAGUAGUUGGUAAACCAGCAAUUAUAUAUCUGAAUGAAAAAAUGAUGUUAACUGUUAACAUUUCUGAAUUUGACCAUCAUCUGCAGGCCCUUAACUAGCUAUGAGUAAACCGAGUCAGUUGAUUCGGUAGGAAUUUGCAUGGGGACUGAAAUUUAAACUUCGCCAGAAACCUAACCCAUGGCUGAAAUAAUUUGCUUGUGGAAAAAGGCUUGGAAUGGUAUUUUAGUACGAAAUUAUAGUUCAGUUUUUCCAAGGAAAGAUACUCCAAAGAGACCACCCUAUCUUACUCUUCAGUGACACUGAGAAGACGAAUGCGUCGAUAUCAAGUACCCCAAUUCAUGCAAUACAGUACUGUAGAAAUUGAAGUAUGGUGAAUUACAAUACUAUACGACGCACAUUUUCAUUACUGCAUCACCACAUCAUGUUGCCUUAUUGGGACUGGAUUACAUUUGGGAGACUGUAAAAUUACAAUAAUUAAAAUUGCAGUGUCACUGUUUAUAAGGUUAAUUUCUUGUUGGAAUACUCCUCAAAAUGCUGGAAAUAGCCUGCUGAGCUUCGAGAAAUCCAACAUUUUCUGAGGGGGGGGGGGGGGAGAUGUCCCCAGACCCCACUAGACGGCUCGAAACUUCGGUACUCGACUCGGUUGUCUCAGAAUCCUAGUUAUGGGCUUGAUCUGCUGCCCUAUGACGUAUACUUAUUAGUUAAACCAUGCACAUAUAUGCUGGUUUCUCCAGGUCCCCCGCGAAAUAUGCCCCCCAGUUACACAUCCUUAAAAGAGGCCCUGUAAAAUGAAAUAAGUUAACAUGAUCUUCUUUCUGAGAUAACUGCUUAGAAUAGACACUCAAUGGUUAACGUCCUUCCUUUUGUUCUGUUUCAAGAUGUGAAUGAAGCUCCAACUAGCCUCACUUUGAGCAAAUUAGAAAUCCGAGAAAACAAGAACGAUACAGCGGUGGGAAUUCUAGAAAUUUCUGAUCCAGAUGUGGGUCAGCGUCAUAGCUGUACCAUACUCGAUGUUGACACGCCAUUCUACGUUGACACUUCAACAAAUUCACUAACACUUAAGACUGUUCGUCCGUUGAAUUUUGAAUCUUCGAGAGUGCAAUAUGUAAAUAUUAAUUGUGAAGAUAUUGUCCCGGAUCAUCGCCAAGCUCAACUUUUUAUAGAUAAACAGUUCAAGAUUAAUGUUAUAGGUAUGGUGGGAAAACUAUUAAAUGUAUACUUCCAGCAGUAAUGUUAUACCGUUAAACUAAACUAAAUUAACUUUAUUUAUACUGGAUAGCUGUUUCAAUUCUAGAUUGUUCUAAACUCAACUAAACUAACUUGUUUCUGCUGGAAAAAGUUUGGAAAUUGUCUCCUUAAGGGUCAUCUCUUGUUGAUCUAUUGUUACUACAGGAUGAAACCUAAAAUAAUAUCACUUGUACUGGGUACAGUAGCUCCGUCAGUUCUAAACAGUUCUUCCAAAAGGUCGAGUAUCGGUUCAGUGGUACUAUAGGAGGAAACGGUAGAGUCGAAACAAGAGCCACUACAAACCAUGUAGACUUGCUUGAAUUGGGUUCGUAUUUGGUGGGAUCUAUCCAGUCUGCAACUAGAACAGAACUUAACUGCUCCCAUAAAAGACCGGAUAGACCAAUUUUAAAAUGAAACUGACCUCAUAACAGCCUGGAUAGACCCUAUCAAAAGUAGAGCUAAUUCGAGCUAGCAAGCAAGUCUUCUGACCUCCUGAAGAACUGACGAAGAGCCUUUUCUCGAAAUGUCAAAAGUAAAUUUGAGGCAGUACUGGCACCAACCAGGACAGCAUAAUGUAUAAUACUACCAGCAUUCCCCCCCCCCCCAUAUUUGAAAUAAUCGUUUGACAUAUAUUAAUAUAUAAUUUUUAUUCAUCCUUAUUUCAGAUGUAAAUGAAGCACCACAGAUACUCUGCAAUACUUCAUUCCAUGCGUUACCCUCGUUCUCUCGUGGUUCAAUCCUUGGACAAAUCCAGCAUUAUGAUCCUGACAAUGAACGCUAUCAUAUUUCAAAGAAACAAAACCCUAACGGGCCUUUUGAAACACGUAAACAGCUCUUGAAUUAUCGUUUUGAGAACGAGAAUAUCGCCUGGCCAUUUAAUGUCACACAAAAUGGAAUUAUAUAUCUCAAAAAGGUAAUUUUAUCAUUUUGGUUUUGACAUUUAGCCACUUGAUCGUCUGAUAUCCUAUAUCUUUACGUUACAUUGCCACACCGUACCAUAUAGUUUCUUUUCUUAUCUUAUCUUAUCUUGUCUUAUCUUUCCUUGGGUUACGCUCUUCGGAAUCUAUCUGAUUAAGAACCUCCGUUCUCGGUGAUUAACUCUUACAUACCAAAUCAUACCAUGAUAUGGCCAUUCCAUUCUAGCUAUUCCUGGCUUUACCAUACCAUACCAUACCAUACCAUACCAUACCAUACCAUACCAUACCAUACCAUACCAUACCAUACCAUACCAUACCAUACCAUACCAUACCAUACCAUACCAUACCAUACCAUACCAUAUGUUCUAUACUGUAUCAUAGUGCCAUACCAUUACAUUUCCUACCAUAUAUCCAUCCAUACCAUAACAUAACAUAUUCCAUACAAUACUAUACUGCACCAUUGCAUACCAUCCUAUUUCAAUAUAGUUACCAUACAUAUGUAAACCGGCCUUGCCUUUUUUACUUUACUUGUCCUAUUGAACGGGAGCAUUCUCCCUUGGCAUGGCGAGUAAAACCGUUUGACAGAGUGAAAUAGUAAGGAGGGACCUUCAUGGUUCAAUGCAGCUUAAUGGGUUAAGUAAGCGUAAGUAUGAAGGAAUAUUUCUGCUGUCAUUCUUCUUUUAGCCACUGACUGCUGAAAAAUACAACAACGGAUUGAUAAUAUUUGGAAUUCGUGUUGAUGACAAUGGUUUAGUUUGGGAACGAAGAAACGGCUCUGAGGAAUAUCGAAUCAAAAAAGAUGAAGCUAAAUAUUCCGUACAAAAAUGCUCUAUCCAUAUUGCAUGUAUGUAUUGUUCUUGUUAUAACGUGACUGUAUGUAUUUACAUUAUGAUUCAAUUCCUCCGGAAAACAGGUGUCUGAUUAUAUUUUUGCUUUAUUCGCAUGUAAGAACUGCUUUCAGUUUGACUUUCGCUUUGUCCUUCAAUAGGGACAUUGUACUGGAUGGAAGAACAGUUUAGAAGUAAUAGAGCUAUCGAGAUUAUCCAGUAGAAAUAAAGUUAAUUUCGUGUAGGCUUCCUCUUUGCAGUAACACUGGGCAAUUAACAUUUAGACAACGAGUCCAAGUUGUCUAUGAGCGAAUAUAACCAACGAAGGCGUAGCUUGAGUUGACUAUUUGUCAUAGACAACGAGGCCGAGUUGUCUAAUUGUUUUAGUAUACAGUCCAACUACAAAAUACAAACUCCAAGCGCAAUUUGAAAGAUUUUAAUACAAUUAAAACCACAAAUGAGCAUUUGAGAGAUUUCUUUUAACCUUCGCAUGCUUCGCAUGAUAUUUGUUAACUUUUUGCAAGCAACUCGUGCGAAAGGGCUCGAUGUGAGGCUUGAACAUAUUUUAGAACAGGCCAUUUUUUAGCAUAAUAUUAUUAAGGAAAAAUGCAAACGAAGUUUUUAUAAUUAUAAGAAUCCUUUAAAGUCCAGAGUUUAAGGUAUUUUCAAACUGUAAAAAUAUCGUUUCCUCAGUGAAGUGUUGCAGGCAUUUAGGUUCAAAAAGAAGUGUAAAAUAACAAAAUAAUUGUGAACAACAAAACUAUCACUUGAAAAUGCAUAGAAAAUGUUUGACAUUUAGAUUUUAUCGAAAAAUUAGGAAGCUAUAUAAAGUUGCUUUCAGGCGCAAAAGGUCGAAACACUCAAAAAAGAUUAUUUAAAGGGAGAAAUAACCUUACAAUAUCACUGUUAUCAACCUAAAUUCACAUUUUAGACAAAGAAACACUAUUAAGUGUUUAAAAAAGAUGAGGGAAACAUAUGAUUAAGUAACUACAAGCGGCUGAUGUUUCAACGAUUUUGCUUGCAAUGCAUGCAUGCAUGUGUACAAAAGGUGCGCUCUGUAAUUCCUCCUAUCUUCGUGUCACAUUUUGCGGCAAGUAGCAUCAGAUUUAUUAUUAAAAUACGGUUGAAAUUUUGCUCCCUACCAUUAAACACAUCUUCAGAUCAUAUUUAGUAGUCUUUUCUUGUAUUUCACGGAAAGAAUUUUUGAAAAAAUUCCAUCAAACACUUUCAAAAACAAAACAUUCCGCCAUCUCUUUUCGCAACCAUGGACGUAAUGGCCCAUGAUUGAGUAGCCAAUCAGAAUCCUUGAUUUGUAAUGCUAGUGCAUGCUAAUAAGGAAUGGUUCUCAGUAAAUCUGUGGAAAGAACAGUUCAGAAUUGAAAGAGCUGUCCAGCACAAAUAAAGUUAAUUUAGCUAAUUUUAAGCUUACGUUUCCCUUCUAUUCUCUUGUAAUAUGCGUAAUCAGAUAUUCCUAGAAAUUGCUAUAUACAGAAAUGUAUUCCAGGAACUGUCAUGUUUCUUUUUCAGCAAAUGAAGCAGACAUAUCCUUUCACCUUAGUUCAAACACAGUCCCAGAGAAUGUCACAUAUGGCACAAUAAAUAUUGGCCACCUUUCUCGCAGACCACUUCUGCAACAAGAACGGAUCAGCUAUCACAUCCUUGAAGUCACGAACAGAACACAGCCAUUUGAAAUUGAUCACAAUAUUUUGAAAGUAAAACUUGAUAAUACUUUGGAUUAUGAACUACUUCCAGCAGACAAGAGUAUGCCUAUCACCAUCAGUAGUGUAGCUUCAUCAUCAGGAAUUUUUACAAAACGAUUCCUGAUUAAGAUUUUAGGUAAGAUAUAUUCCUGACUGUGUCCUGGUCUCAAGCGAAAUUAUCCCUUUGUCUUAUGUCAGCUUAAUUUGACCUAAAACCAUUGAUUUAAUCGUAAUAUUGUUCCUACAGAUGUGAAUGAAAUGCCAACAGCAAUCUGCCUGACGAAUCCGCGAUACCUUGAUGACUGUUCAGUGGUUGGGCACAUUUUGAUAGAAGACUUGGAUUAUCCCGAACUGAAAUGUGGGAGUAGCAAGACUAAUGAUUUGGAGAAAUAUUCAAGCCAAUUAUCAGAAUACAGAUGUCAUAUCCAGGAAGGCACGGAAACUUUACGCAAUAAAGUUAUGGUGAAUGAACAUUUCUAUAUUCAACACUCGCCACCAAUAUUAUAUGUGAAAAAGACUAUAUUCACUCAUGGAGAUGCAUCCUAUGAUGUCCCUAUUGUAUGCCGAAGUACCAAACAUCCCUUACAUAUCUUCUCUAAAACGUUAAAUGUGAAUAUCAAAGGUAAGUAGUCAAAACGCUACUUAGAAACAUUCAACACUAGUAGGCAAGCUUGCAAAGCCAGGAUCUUUUACUUGCGCUUGGGCUACAGCAAAGAGCCUGAUUCCCUCUGGUCACGCGAACCCCCAGAUUUUAGGAGAAAUUCGAAUUGCUGCUUCUUUGCCACUUAGGGAGGAGUGGUAGGGGGAAUCGCCACAAAAAGCCAGGAAUGGCCAAGAACGAAAAUGAAAACGUCUAUACUAUAUGCCUGUGGAAAACAUGGCCAUUUACGCUCUGUAUUAACCCAUAUUUUGGGUUUUUGUUUUAUCUUUAAUGAAACAUAUCACCGCUUGAAAGCUUUAUACACCUAUUUGAUAUAAUUUGCAUGGUUGGAGGUCUGUUUUACACCUUGAAAUGGAGCCGUUUAUUUACCAACGAAAGAAAAUAAUGGUCGAAUGCACACUUAUACAAAGUCAUUCACUAGCUCUCAAGCUAGUGGCACAGCGAAAGGAAACCCCAAAGAUGAUUUAUCCGAAAUCCUUUUUGUUUUCGGAAUGCAAGUGUCGCCUUCGUGGUGGUAUUUUGUUGACGAGAAGUAUCGCAAAAACCUAUUCCUCAAGCUAGCGAAAUAAAAACCUGCUUCGCAUCGCAGAAAAUGUAAAUUGUGGAACUCUUGCGUGUGAUGACAGACUUUCGAAUCUUCCUAAGUUAACAUUAAAUUAAAAGAAUGCAAGGGUGGGUAGUAGCGAAGUAGUUGUAGUUCGCUACUGUAGCGAACUACAAUUUUCAAGUAGCCAGUAGUUUUUUACUAUACUUUUUUAAAACAGUAGCUUUAGUUAUAGCGAACUAAAUUUUGCCUAAAUGUAGCCAAGUAGUUGACUACUUUUCAAAAAGCGAAUCGCUAUUCGCUACUUUUUAAAUUGUUAGCAACGUGAUAGAAUACCAUGAUAUUGAGACACGGUUUGCUUAAAAUCAAUAGGCUAUUCAAUAGUCAAUUUGUAUUCCUGAACACUGUAGUGCUUAAAAAAAUGUUGCUUUGUGUUCACUGUUGCUACUCGUAAGUCGAUUUGUUAUAGGUUACAUUACAGCCUGAGUUAGUAGAUGCUCCAAAUACAGUAAUACUAAAAAAUAUAGUAUAGCAAAAUAGCGAAAUAGUUCGCUACAUUUUUUAAGCAGUAGCUGUCGUCAGUAGCGAACUACCUUUGUUCAAAAGUAGCAGUAAUUGUAGCUGACUACAUAUUUUUGAAGUAGCUGUAGUUAUAGCGAACUACAAAUGUUUUGUAGUCAACCCACCCUUGAAAGAAUGAGGGAAAAAAUCACCCAAAUUAAUCGAAUGGUUAAGUAGAGCGACUGGAGGGAUUGCAGUAAUGAUACUGAAACAACUUCGACAUAGCUGUUGGAAUUAAGUCAAGAAGGCAUCCUCUCACAAGCACAAAUCUUCAGAGAAAUUGAAAAUAUUUUAUCUGAUCUCUUGGAAUUGAAACCAUUUACAAGCAUCAAUGAUCAUUUUCAUGAAGGUUUCACAGAUACAUGAUCGUCAGAUACAUUAGCAACAUUAGACAAUGCUGCAUUUCAUGACUAUAGCUAAACAAACACAAGAGGAACAUUCACCAAGCACUACCAGUGGACACAACAGAAGAUGAAGAGGAGUUAUGACUGUGAAUAUAUACUAAAAAUGUUCUUAUUUUAACACAUCAAUAUAGCCUCAUGGGAAUACGAAUUAAAUUAGUAUUUAUAAUAUAUUUGAGGUGCUAAACUUAUUCAAAACUAUCAUUAUUCCCAUUAGUUAUUUAGCAAUCAUAUUAUUGUACAUCUAAAUAUUGUCUGUGACAACCUUAAUUGAAAUAGGUGCAUGGUUACAGUAUACUCACUGUAUAUAUACAUAUAUAUUCAAUGUGCAAUUUGUUCUGCUGUAUGGGUUUUUGCCCAUGAAAUAAAUUCAGUUGAUGCAAAUGAUGACAUAAUAUAUAUGUUUGAGGGUCAGGAGAGUGUGAACAUACUGCAACUAGUUGUGUCCACUUCAGAAAACUGAGUUCAACAAAAUUCGCAUUUGUGAUGAAUUGUAUAUUCAUUUCGUACAAGGUCAAGAAUAUUUUAAAGGCUCAAAAAUAUUUAUCUAAUCAGGUAUUAAAAACAACAUUCCCUUUCCACAUCAAACUACACUCAACAUGUGCGCAUAAACAUUGUGUUUUGCAUACACUACAACAUAAAUUGGUCUGCAAAUGUCCUCCAAAGCAGCAAUAUCUUGCCUAUAUGGUAUCUGAAUGUCUCUUCGUAAAAGAUGUUCUUUCCGUCAGAAUUUGCAACCAACUCAAAGCAAUUAUGCAAGCCGAGUGAUUUUUCUGUGCCUUCGGUGAAGUUUAUUUGCUGUAGCAGUCAUAGCAAUAACGCCAACUUCGGUAUUAGGGAAUACAGCACACAAUAUAUUACUGAGUUUUGCAUAACCUCGUUUAUUAGUCAUCUCCCCUAAAACAAAAUUGAGAUAACAAUAUAAUGGAUAAUUGAGAAAUAACAUGUAGAAUUAGUUUUCUCUUUUGGUCAAGUUCAGCUAAAUAGCAAUCAAUCUUUUCGUUGUCACAUUUUAAUGGCUGCUGAAAAACAUUUAUUGCUGAUACUUUGAGUUUUACCGCGCAUAAUUUUCGAACUGGAUUGUUUAUCAAAGGCCCAUUCGCGAUAUACUGUAACGAGCAGCACAGAGGUCACGUCACUUACUCAUUUACACAAAGGUUCUGAGUUGGACGUUCUUCUACCGCUCUUUUAGCGAAAAGCAUCAAAAGCAAAAUCUGGUAAAUCAGCGACUCGCCAUAACCGGUUGGAAAAGUUGCCACUAUAUGCACGCCAAAGGCAAAGGACAGCUUUUCGAAGCAAAUAACCUGCUUGAGCUUCAAAAUAGCGUUUGGAUACAAAUAUUUAUAAUAGAAAACUGCUGACAAAUAAGAAUAAUAAUAAUACAUUUUGAAUCUUUUUGCAUAUAUUUGCAGUUGGGGUCACUUUUCAUAGCUUUACAGUCACUCCUCGGCGGGCCUUGCAAACAUAACAUUUAACCGGAAGUUGUAAAUUACAACAUAUCACAUUUCAACCACCCUCCCCUAGGAUCUUCUGUUGAUCUAAUUUUUAGGAGUUCACGCGACCAGAGGGAACCAGGGUCUUUGCUGCAGUGCCGUGCGGAAGUAAAAGACCCUGUCUUGCACUGGUAGGUUUCAGUACGCGUUACAAGGCAGCAGACCGAUUGUGGUCCUACAACUUACUGCGGACGCUUAUAGGCCGGUAAAAUAAUUAAAAUAUAUCUCUUAUGUUUUCAUUUUCCCAGCGACUUAACGCUCCGUGGAGCGUCUUGUUCUAUUUAUUUUCCACCAAACAUAAGACUACCAUGCAUAUAUCGUGAAAAGAAUAAAUAUGAUUUUCGCACUCUGAUAACUGCAGAUUGACCACCAUCUGCUCGGCACGGAAGCGCACCGGCUAUCAAAACUAGUCUUUGAAAUAAUUAAAGUGUUUCAUUUUCGAAAUAAAGUGGGCGUAGUUUCGACUUUGUUUCAUUUUGAAAUAUAUUACUUUUAUUGUCUUUUUAAAGGUACAAUCUUGUUGUUGUUUCUUUUUUCUAAUCAGUGAUAGGCCUAUAUUAUAUUGUUCAUUUCAGUUUCUGAUGAUGCGAAAUGCUUGGCUCCUAAAAGAGACACUCACACUGAUGGAAGUAGUUCUCCACUCCGGAUAAUCUAUAUCGUUGCUGCAUUGAUAUUUGUUGCCUUUAUUAUUGUGGUGUUUGUAGUUAGAAGGCGGAGAGCAAUGAACAAG